AUGUCAGACUCGGUCCCUCCACCCCCAUUUAUUGUUACCACAAGCGUCUCCAAGGCCUACUAUAAAGGCUUGCCCUCGGAACCACCCCUUAUUGCUACCACCAAACCCAAUCCUAUUGAUGCUCCAACUGGCCCUGAGGCCUAUACUGUUCUGAAGGAGCUCCGGUAUUUGGGAGAGCAUCCCCUAGCCACUCUUUGGGACAAUGGUCUUGCCGGUGAGCUUUCCUCUAGCCUGGCCUCCAUGGAUGUCAAAUGGUCUUCCCUCGAUCUCCUUCAUAUUCCAAAUGUUGGAGAGCCGUCCGGCCCAGCCAUCGUUUGGAUUGGGGUAGAGCCUGGAGGACUGAGCUUCGAGGAUGGUAGUAAAGUUGCUAUCGAUUGCCACCAACUCAUCGGCACGCAUGGUGUCAGGGACUACUGUGUUGAAAUUCGGGAGUCGCGUGUUUCGCGGGAGGCGAGAAACAGGUUCCUCAAUCCUGUCCUACAAUCCAAUGCCACGUUCUCUGCUCGAGACCCCUAUACCGCGACCCUUGGGAUUCCUAUUGCACCCAAGAAUCGACCUUUUGUCCAGGGAACAGGGGGCCUCUUUCUGAGUGCCGGUGGUGAUGAUAAAAGUAUCUACCUAAUCACUGCCCGGCAUGUUGUUCUGCCCAUUGAUGAUGCCAACCAAGAAUAUAUCCGGAAAAAUGAGAGUAGACGACGUGAAGAGGUUCUUGUCCUUGGCACGUCCGCUUUUGAUAACAAAUUUGACGCUAUCACACACGAGAUCAGCUGUCAACUAUCUGGGAUGACAGGUGCGAGGGAACGGACCCUCUUGUUCCAGGGUCGGGAUGAUCCGGAGUCAGUUAAGGAGUGCCUGGAGGCAGAGAAGCAGUACAAGGCAGCGGAGGAGGGGAUCAGGGAACUCGAUGCCUUACAAAAGGAGGUCAAGAUCCACUGGGAGGGUAUUGAAAACCGGGUUAUCGGUGAAUUGACCUGGGCACCUCCUAUCAUUCUCUCUACAAAACCUGACGAGUAUACUCUUGACCUUGCCGUGAUCAAGCUCAAGCCAGGCACCCUGGACGCCCUAAACUACCGCGGCAAUACCAUCAACAUAGGCAACAAGAUCCCCCGCAUAGACUUCAUGAACAAGAUGUAUCUCCACUAUACUAGUGGAAGCUCCUUCAAAUAUCCUCCUGAUGGUCUCGUAAAGCUGGCAGGCCAGGUUCCAGAAAGCGCCCUAUUCGACCUACCCAUGCGCGAUGUCAACAAAGAGCCGUGCUUGAUCGUCUUCAAGAAUGGCGCUGCAACAGGUACCACUACUGGUCGAGCAAACCGGGUAUCCUCGUACACGCGCCGCUAUUUCGCGGGCAAGUACCAGGAGUCGCGAGAGUGGCCGGUUAUUGCCACAGACAAGCGGUCGGUGGCCUUCUCAUCUCGAGGGGACUCCGGGUCUUGCGUGGCUGAUGCCUAUGCCCGUGUUGGUGGUAUUAUUACUGGUGGUGGUGGUGCAACUGAUACGUCAGAUGUAACUUACGUCACCCCGAUUUCAUUCAUCAUGAAGGUCCUCCAGAAGAACAAGAUCUUCAAGUAUGCCCACCUGAACCCGCAGCUUACCUAG